AAAUAUCAAUUCAUCUGGYGUUUCUCAGAAAUCGGAAUGCAUUAGUUCGGCUAGCUUAUUGUGAAGACAACGCCUUGAUUUCUCCUAAACGUACUUUAUAUAAAUUUGACUUUAUCAAGGUGUAUCACAUCUUGACAGACGCGGGCUGAGACGGAAGCUAAUACUGAGCGGAAGAAUUCAAAUUGAUCUUUUCCAACCAAGAAAGCUCUUCACAAUGUGUUGGCUCCUUUUGUUUAUGUCUUUAUUCCUCAAAGGAAUGAGUUCUGUCCAGUCAUUGGACAUGGAUGGUAGCGUUCGAUCUCGUCUCGGACAUUUCAAUACAACGCGUAAUAACCUCGUCAGUCCAGAAGACAARGCAAAGGCACGUGAUUACAUCGUGAAAACGUUUCAGGAAUUUGGACUGGACACGUGGACAGAGGAGUUUCCAUCCAAUCAGAACUCGUACCCAGGAAUAAACGUGAUUGGCCGCGUCAAGGGCAGAUACACUGGGACCAACAAGGAUAAGAUUCUUAUCAUCGGAUCUCACUAUGAUACUGUCCAGACAACCAAUGGCGUUGAUGACAAUGGUUCUGGGGUAACGGCAUUACUGCAAACAUUAGCCAAGUAUAAAAGCACGAGACGUUUCAAUGCAAUAAAACUGCCAUUGCCAUUUAGCGGRAAAACAACCGAUCUUCCCCGCAUSCAACAAGWAACCUACUCACACUUCCUAAGGAGCGACCACGCCAACUUUUGGAACGGUKCAAUAUCAUGGCCAGCRGURUUCRUAACAGACACAGCUGACUUCCGGGGUUUUAUGAAAACGUGUUACCAUCAGCCGUGUGACAACAUGAAUAGCGUGACACCUGAUAUGAUAUCAUUUCUGGGUAAGACCGUUSAAGCGCUYGUGAGCGCCGYUGGRAAAAUGACUGGCCGUGAUUGCCCUGGUAACGUUACUUAUUGCGCGAAUGAAAAAACAAUAACGAGUAACCAAGAGAUCAUUUCAUCCCCACUCUACCCCUCUCAGUACCCCAAUGGUGUCAGUUGUGGCUGGAUCAGGCAAUCAGAGUACCCUCAGAAACUGGUGUUUGAACAUUUUGAUUUGGAAAACAGUGUCAAUUGCUCCCAGGGUGAUUAUGUGGAGGUAACCGCUGGUGAAAAAAGUUUGGGUAAGUCCGCUGAUCAAAUUUUGUGCUAA